ACCAGCGGGGUCAGCAGGCUUCUUUCUGAUCUUGUCCCCGGCCCUCCCCUCGUAGAGUCUCUGCAUCUCUCCCCCGGGGUGGCAUUAGCAGGCUUGAGGCUCCCAGGGGAGAGGAACGCCUGGCCUGGCGUCCUUAACACCAUGACCCUCCUGCUGGUGUCCCUCUUGCUGGCCUCUCUGCUUCAGAUCAGCUCUGGCAACAAAGCGAACAAGCAUAAGCCAUGGAUCGAGGCCGAGUACCAGGGCAUCGUCAUGGAGAAUGACAACACGGUCCUGUUGAAUCCGCCACUCUUUGCCUUGGACAAAGAUGCUCCGCUGCGCUAUGCAGGUGAGAUCUGUGGCUUCCGGCUCCAUGGGUCUGGGGUACCCUUUGAGGCUGUGAUCCUGGACAAGGCAACAGGUGAAGGGCUGAUCCGGGCCAAGGAGCCUGUGGACUGCGAGGCCCAGAAGGAGCACACCUUUACCAUCCAGGCUUAUGACUGUGGAGAGGGGCCCGAUGGCGCCAAUACCAAGAAGUCUCACAAGGCGACCGUGCAUGUUCGGGUCAACGAUGUGAAUGAGUUUGCCCCAGUCUUUGUGGAGCGUCUCUACCGUGCUGCAGUGACUGAGGGGAAGCUGUAUGAUCGCAUCUUACGUGUGGAAGCCAUUGAUGGUGACUGCUCCCCUCAGUACAGCCAGAUCUGCUACUAUGAGAUCCUUACACCCAACACCCCUUUCCUCAUUGACAAUGAUGGCAACAUUGAGAACACAGAGAAGUUACAGUACAGUGGUGAGAAGCUCUAUAAGUUCACAGUGACAGCAUAUGACUGUGGGAAGAAGCGAGCAGCAGAUGAUGCUGAGGUGGAAAUCCAGGUGAAGCCCACCUGCAAACCCAGCUGGCAAGGCUGGAACAAAAGGAUUGAAUAUGCCCCAGGAGCGGGGAGCUUGGCUUUGUUCCCUGGCAUCCGCCUGGAGACCUGUGAUGAGCCACUGUGGAACAUUCAGGCCACCAUAGAGCUGCAGACCAGCCAUGUGGCCAAGGGCUGUGACCGAGACAACUACUCAGAGAGGGCUCUGCGGAAGCUCUGUGGUGCUGCUACUGGGGAGGUGGACCUGUUGCCCAUGCCUGGCCCCAAUGCCAACUGGACAGCGGGGCUCUCGGUGCACUACAGCCAGGACAGCAGCCUCAUCUACUGGUUCAAUGGCACACAAGCUGUGCAAGUUCCCCUGGGUGGUCCAGCAGGCCUGGGCUCUGGGCCGCAGGAUGGCCUCAGUGACCACUUUACCCUGUCUUUCUGGAUGAAGCAUAGUGUGACUCCUAGCAAGGGGAAGAAGGAGGAGGAGACCAUUGUAUGUAACACCAUUCAGAACGAGGACGGCUACUCUCACUACUCAUUGACUGUCCACGGCUGCAGAAUCGCCUUUCUCUACUGGCCGUUGCUUGAGAGUGCACGCCCGGUCAAGUUCCUCUGGAAGCUGGAGCAGGUAUGUGAUGAUGAGUGGCAUCACUACGCCCUGAACCUCGAGUUCCCCACAGUCACGCUCUAUACUGAUGGCAUCUCCUUCGACCCAGCUCUCAUCCACGACAAUGGUCUCAUCCACCCACCCAGGAGGGAACCUGCGCUCAUGAUCGGGGCCUGCUGGUCUGAAGAGAAGAACAAAGAGAAGGAGAAGGGGGGAGAGAACAGUACAGACACGACCUCAGGAGACCCCUUGCCGAUCCACCAUUACUUCCAUGGCUACCUAGCUGGUUUCAGCGUGCGCUCAGGUCGCCUGGAGAGCCGUGAGGUCAUCGAGUGCCUCUAUGCAUGUCGGGAGGGGCUGGACUAUAGGGAUUUCGAGAGCCUGGGCAAAGGCAUGAAGGUGCACGUGAACCCCUCGCAGUCCCUGCUCACCCUGGAGGGGGAUGAUGUGGAGACCUUCAACCAUGCCCUGCAGCACGUGGCUUACAUGAACACUCUGCGCUUUGCCACGCCCGGCGUCAGGCCCCUGCGCCUCACCACCGCUGUCAAGUGCUUUAGUGAAGAGUCCUGUGUCUCCAUCCCUGAAGUGGAGGGCUAUGUGGUGGUUCUUCAGCCCGAUGCCCCCCAGAUCCUUCUGAGUGGCACAGCUCAUUUUGCCCGCCCAGCUGUGGACUUUGAGGGACCCGAGGGAGUCCCCUUGUUCCCUGAUCUUCAGAUCACCUGCUCCAUUUCUCACCAGGUGGAGGCCAAAGCAGAUGAGAGUUGGCAGGGCACAGUGACAGACACACGGAUGUCAGAUGAGAUUGUACACAACUUGGACGGCUGUGAGAUUUCUCUGGUGGGGGAUGACCUAGACCCUGAACGCGAGAGCCUGCUCUUGGACAUGGCUUCCCUGCAGCAGCGAGGCCUGGAGCUCACCAACACAUCUGCCUACCUCACCAUUGCUGGGGUGGAGACCAUCACUGUGUAUGAAGAGAUCCUGAGGCAGGUUCAUUAUCAGCUUCGGCACGGAGCAGCCCUGUAUGCCAGGAAAUUCCGUCUCUCCUGUUCGGAGAUGAAUGGCCGAUACUCCAGUAACGAAUUCAUUGUGGAGGUCAACGUCCUGCACAGCAUGAACCGGGUGGCCCAUCCCAGCCACGUGCUCAGUUCACAGCAGUUCCUGCACCGGGGUCACCAGCCUCCUCCUGAGAUGGCUGGACACAGCCUGGCCAGCUCCCACCGGAACUCCAUGGUCCCCAGUGCUGCGACUCUCAUCAUUGUGGUAUGCGUGGGCUUUCUGGUGCUUAUGGUCAUCCUCGGCCUCGUGCGGAUCCACUCCCUUCAUCGCCGUGUCUCAGGAACUGGUGGACCCUCAGGGGCUUCCGCUGACCCGAAAGACCCUGACCUCUUCUGGGAUGACUCUGCUCUCACCAUUAUCGUGAAUCCCAUGGAGUCCUACCAGAACCAGCAGACUGGUGUGGCAGGGGUUGCUGGUGGCCAGCAAGAGGAAGAGGACAGCAGUGAUUCCGAAGCAGCUGACUCCCCCAGCAGCGAUGAAAGACGCAUCAUUGAGAGCCCCCCACACCGCUAUUGAGGCU